AUGGCCAACGAGACCCAGCUCCUGGACCGCCUAUCAGUGGAGGAGAAGGUGCAGCUUCUGUCGGCGGUUGAUUGGUGGCGUACUCCGGUUAUAAAGAAGGACGAUGUAUUCAUUCCUCACAUCAAGAUGUCCGAUGGGCCGAACGGGGCUCGAGGCGAAAGCUACGUUAGUGGCAUCACUGCAGCCUGCUUCCCUUGCUCGACCUGCAUUGGGGCUACGUUUGAUGUCGACAGAGUCCAUCAGCUCGGCGAGGAAAUCGCCAAGGAGACAAUCACUAAAUCAGCAAACGUGCUUUUGGCUCCAACCAUGAAUAUCAUCCGGUCCCCUCUAGGGGGACGGAACUAUGAGACAUAUUCCGAAGACCCAUAUGUCGUAGGAACUUUGGCCGCUGCUUUUGUCAAUGGUUGCCAAUCGCAGGGAAUUGCGGCGACCCCCAAGCACUUUGUUGCGAAUGACUCGGAGAAGCGCCGCACAAAGAUGACGUCAGAGGUUGACGAGCAAACCCUGCGGGAGAUAUACAUGCUUCCGUUUCAGCUUGUGCUCCGCGAUUCAGACCCAUGGUGUUUGAUGACAUCUUACAACAAAGUCAACGGAGAAUACUGCGCCGAUAGCAAUCGACUGAUUGAAGACAUUCUCCGAAAGGAAUGGAACUUUUCUGGCGUUGUCGUCUCGGACUGGCUUGGCGUAUACUCAACCGCCAAGGCUGUCAAUUCCGGUCUCGACCUGGAGAUGCCGGGCCCAACAAGAUGGCGAGGCUUAAAGCUUCUCAAGGAGAUUAAGAGUUCCGCCGUGCCUAUUGAAGCAGUCGACCGGAGUGUGGAGAGAAUCUUGGCACUGGCUAGGAAGACAGGCCGCUUUGAAAACCCGGAAGAGUUGCCGGAAAAGUCGAUUCCUGACGACGACCGCAUGGAGUUUAUCGCGAAACUCGCCGCUGAAGGAGCUGUCCUUCUCAAGAACGAGAAUGGGCUACUGCCACUUAAGCCCGGUACACGCGUGGCCAUGAUAGGUCAUCAUGCAACGAUACCCAGCAUUGGCGGCGGCGGAAGUGCCAAGGUUCUUGCUCAGCAUACCGUCUCUCCCCUGGAAGCUCUAGAGAAAUCAGGGCUCCAAUGCCGGCAUAGCCCGGGCGUUCCGGUACAUGCGACAGUUCCCCAUUGUAAGCCCGAUGUAAUUUCCGCAAUUGAUGACACUGCCCUAGGCCAGAGAGAUCUGAAGGAUCUCCCAAUUUUGCUGGAGUGGUUUAAUGGUUCUGCCGUGGGCCGCAACAAGGUCCAUGAGCAGAGGAUUGCCGUUGCUGAGUACAUGAUCAAGGAAACAUGGCCGGAGUUCCUCGACCGCGAAUACUGCACUCGCAUGUCGUUUGCCCUCAGUCCGCACAGCGACGGACUCCACACUUUCUCGGUUAUUACCACCGGGGUAGCGAAAGUCUUUGUCAACGGCGAAGAGGUUUUCCACCGGGUACAAGAGCCUAUUCUCCAGCCUGAGUCAUUUUACUUCUACAAAGCUAAGAUUGAGCGGAAGUUUUCUCUUAGCCUGGCCAAGUAUCAACGCGUCAAGAUCGACGUUCAUUCGUGGGCAGCUGACGCAGAUGUGCUGGGUCGUGUUGAGGGGACAGUUUUCCAGGGCUCGUCACUCCGCUUCAUGGAAUAUUUCGACAUUCCAAAGGCUAUCCAUGAUGCUUCCAUCAUUGCCUCUGAAGCUGAUGUAGCCAUUGUUUUUGUGGGAAACACGAACGAGUUCGAGUCGGAAGGUUACGAUCGUGAGACCAUGGACUUGACAAAAGACCAAUACUUGCUGAUUUCCGCGGUGGCAGCUCAAAAUCCCAAGUCUAUUGUGGUAAACUUCUCCGGUGCUCCCGUAACGGUCAAUCCUUUCAUCGACCAUGUUCCCGUGUUCUUGCAAUCCUGGUUUGCUGGCCAAGAAUGCGGCAACUCCGUAGCCAAGGUCCUGACUGGUGUCGUCAAUCCAUGUGGGAAACUCCCCAUGUCAUGGCCCCGGAAAAAUGAAGAUAACCCGGCUUUCAACAACUUCCCUUGCGAUGAUAACGACGUGCUUCGUUACGAAGAAAAGCUCAGGGUUGGGUAUCGCUUCUAUGAUGCACAAGAUACGCCCAGUCCCCAGUUCCCCUUUGGAUACGGCCUUUCAUAUACGACUUUUGAGCUCUUCAGUUUCAAAAUUACUAGUGCUGAAUUUGGCGAGCCAAACCAGACUAAGGUCACACUUGCCUGCGAGGCGGGCAACACGGGCUCCAGGGCUGGGAAGACUGUUAUUCAGAUUUACGUCUCAUACAAUGGAACUUCGACUGGGGCACAGCACCCUCGCCCCCCGAAGGAGUUAAAAUCGUUUAGAAAGAUCCACUUGGAAUUAGGAGAGCGAAAAGGGACGGAGUUUGUCCUUGACAAGUAUGCAUUUAGCUUCUUUGACCCACGGGAGGGUCAAUGGAAGCUCCAGGAAGGGCCAUAUACUGUCCAUGCGAGUUUCUCGUCUGCGGAAACGCCGCUACACGUGGAGCUCAAUGUUCCGAAGUCACACUAUUGGAAGGGUAUUUAG